GCAGAGACACGAAAGCCGUGCCGGCGGCACUCCGUUACUAACUCGGUCGCAGGGGCCCCCUGUCGGUCGAUGUGAGCGCGAGCCGCCCGCCGGGCGCGAGCCACCCGCCAGGCGCGGGUGGGACCAACUCCGUACAGUCAUGGCGUUGAGUGGAAUUGUCGGAACCUUCCCCGCCAAAGUUCUCCGGUCGUGCGAGACGCCUCCUCUAGCGUUUCAGACUGAAGCGGUGCUGCGCCGGGAAGGUGUUUCUUCAAUGCGUGGACUUUUUUUUUGCGUAGAAAGUCUGACGCCGCGGUCCGGCGCCAGCGAGCGAAGCUGGGCGGGCGCGGGAGCCCGGCGCCCUGAGGGCCCAUCUUGUU